AUGUUUCUCAUAUUCGUUCUAUUUUUGAGUGGAAUUUUAUUUAACGGACUAGGACUGGCUGAUGUCAGCGUAGGCGUAUCAUCGCUGGCCAUUAACCAACUACACACAUCAUUACUGACCGGUAUCCACCGACUAGUGUUGGACGCAAAUUCUCUGGGAGUUUCUUGUUUUCCUAUAAUAAGUGAACCGGAGGCUAGUAGGCAAGGCAGAAUUAAGGUGUUGUUGGACGAAUUGGAGUUGUACGAUGGUGGAAAGCCAGACGAUUUAAAAGUACCGGUUUUGUUAUUCCGUUAUGAAGAUAUUUUAAACUUCACUACACUUCCAUCAUAUGAGGAAUAUGACAUAGGGUAUGCAUCCAAUUAUAGCUCUAACCAAUUGAAUUGGGAAAGCUAUUUCUUGAAGAACACGGUAGACUUUGAACGAAAUAAGUUCAUAUUGGAUUUGUAUGAAGGGUACAAUGAAAUUGAUGAAAAGCGAAUUUAUAAUGGAUUUUUAGAUGCAUCAAAAGAGAAUGGUAAUAAUGAAGCAGUACUACCAGUCAAUGAGUCUGGAAUGUAUUGCGUUUAUAUUGCUCCACCUAUUGACAAAAAUAUUAAGAUAAUGAGCGCACCUGUGGACAUAGGAUAUUCAAAAUUGUAUUCGAGUAGCAUGUUUUAUGCUCAUUACUGUGAAACAAAAUAUAUUAUUGGAAUUGGCCUAUUGCUAGCAGCAUACUUAGUACAUGAUACUUUAAAAUUUACCAAGGAUAAACAAUUGAGCAUUACGCAUAUGCCAAUUAUUUCCAAGGCAGUUAUAUUUUAUGUCUUGGUACCAUUAUUAUCAUUCGUUUCUCUUGAGUGGCUCAUUAUAUUCAUAGAAACACACUGCAAUUUAACUAGUCGCAGAAUAUGCUUCUUUAAAUAUUUCCGUCUAACGAAUGAAUGGAUUCAACCUAAUUGGAAGACGUUACUCAGGUUUUAUGUUUUACAAUUAACUAUGGGGUAUGGGGUAAUUUAUUACCAUAGAGGAGCCUCUCGCACAUUCAGUAAAAUGCCAAAGAGGACCAAGAACGUGGCAUGGGCACUUUUUAUCACCAAUAUCGUUUUGAGUAACGCUCAAAAAGCAUACGAUAAGUAUGAUACUGGUUUGAUGGCCUACCCUAUUAGAAUCAUAUGUACCGUAUGUUCUUUUGGCUCAUUCGCCUUUCCUUUCAUUUGGUACUUCGUAUCAUUCAUCUAUUAUUUCAAAACGCGGAAUAUUAUUAAGAAAUUGCCACCUACGUCGACAGUCACAGAAGGAAUUGAUGCCAAUACCAGAAUCAUGAAAGCAUUUAAACAAUCUAGUCUUAUAAUCUUUAUAUCACCAACUAUUUCGGGGUUGGCAUGGUUUAGCUCAUUUGCACGUAUGGCUGUCAAAGUCUUUUACUCAGCGAUAAAUGACAUUUCUUCGGAUUUGGACGUAAGUGAGAAAGUAUCAUCAAGAGAAUCGUUAAUAGUACUGGUAAAAUUAUCGAACCAUGUAAUGCUGUAUACCGAAGAUAGCGUCAAGUCUAUAAAUGAAAAAUGGCCUGGGGCUAUCAAGAUAUAUCUAACUAUUGCAUUAUUAUACGUGAUUUGGAUAAGAAAUAGCAAUGUAUUAGUCCUUGAAGAUGAAAAGGGGGACCUCAAAGAGUAG